AAACUACAGCACCACAGCCAACGAACGUCAGGAUAUAAAUCAGGCACUCAAUCGCCCUUUCAAAUCGCCUUUGUGUACCCGAAACCUUUUUGGUAGCUCACGCACUUUAUCGUCCCCCAGUCUGCCGCACGCGCGACGCUAAUCUGUCCACUUUGCUCAGCUCGAGCCACUCAGUUUGCUACAGAUCGCCGGUGCGAUCGCAAUCAAAAGAUCGACCCCAGUCCCUCCACUAACUAUUGCGAUUGGUUUUGCAGAGCAAGAACCACACAAAGAGCCCCGAACGAGGCUAGAGCCAACACAGCUAGCGGAAAGCUUAAAACCUUAAAGCUUUUGUUCUAUGUAGAACAUAGAACGACCACAAAUAGUUCACCAAAGUGCUUUCAGCUACAGUGCGCUACACGUUCCCGAACGAACGGGCGUGUCCGACAAACAAGCAAAAAAAGCGCUUUUUUCCUUCUACAUUCGGUGUACAAGGAAGAACCGAUUUUGCUCGACUGCGGGUUGUGUGCCUGUGUGUGAUAUGGUGAUUUAAAAAAUGGUGGUCAUUGGAUAUUGGAACGUUGCCGCUACCACCACUACUAAGUGAUUGAGUGACGGACGACUGGCUGCUGACGUGUGCUCGGCUUCGACAGCGACAGACGGACAGACGGAAACGGAGACGGACGUGCUGCCAGUACGCGGCAAGCAGCGCAUUAAUGGCAAGGAUUUGUUGAGACGACGAUUGAACAUUCAUCGGUUUAUCCUGGCAGGAUUUGAAGACUUUGACCACAAACUUCUGAUGGACAUGUUGAUGCGAUAACGCAAGACGACCCGCAAGAGACAGACAUCACUCACGCUACGGUGGCAUAUUGUGGCAACAGACAGGAUAAAGACGCAAUCGACGCAACCCACAGAUCCCGGAAUUUUCCAGAAUACUCAGUCACAUUGCAAAUUCCUGGGCUUCCCCUGCUUUUUUCCUUCCGGCUGGCUGGUUCCAGGCUUCCACAUCCCAACCGUUUCUACCCUACUUGCUCCCGAAGCCUGAAGCGCUAUCCCGUACAGCCCCGGUGCGGUGCAAAAUGAUGGCAUCCUGUUCGUCGUUUAACAAGCACAUCUUCCUGAAUGGUGGACCGCCGAGCGAGACGACGAGCGAAAUCUCGUCGGUCGAGAGCGAUUGGGGCGAUCUGCGGCUGAUUGCGGCGCAGCUGGGCGUCGCCAAUCCGGACGAUCUGCACGUGGAGCGGUUCAAGGUGGACCGGCAGAAGCUGGAAGACAUGAUAAAGGUGGAAACAUAUUCAGAGGGAAUGAAUAGUGCCGAGGAGUUCUUCACGAAUAUCAUGAAGGAGACCACCACCUAUGUCAGCUGGCCCUGCCGGUUGAAGAUCGGCGCCAAGACGAAGAAGGAUCCCCACAUCCGGAUCGUGGGCAAGAUGGCGGACGUGCUGCGGGCGAAGGAUAAAGUGAUGGCCCGGCUCGACUCCAGGGGUAGCCGCGUGAUCAUGAAGAUGGACGUCUCGUACACGGACCAUUCGUUCAUCAUUGGGCGGGGCGGCAACAACAUCAAGAAGAUUAUGGAGGAGACGGCCACCCACAUCCACUUCCCGGACUCGAACCGUUCGAAUCCGACCGAGAAGAGCAAUCAGGUGUCGAUGUGCGGCAGCAUCGAGGGGGUGGAACGGGCGAGAUCGCUGGUGCGCAACUCGACGCCGUUGCUGAUCUCCUUCGAGCUGCCGAUACUGGCGCCGGGCAAGACGCCGCCAGACAACGACACGCCGUACGUGAAGGAGAUCGAGGCGGAGUACGGGGUGCAGGUGAUCUUCUCCACCCGACCGAAGCUCCACUCGUCGCUCGUGCUGGUGAAGGGGUCGGAAAAGGAGGAGCGCAUGGUGAAGGAGGCGACCCGCCGGCUGAUGGACCUGAUGUGCGAGAAUAUGGCGAGCCAAAUACCGGUGCACAUGCAGCUGGAAAUCUCGACCCAGCAUCAUCCGAUCGUGCUCGGCCGGUCGUCGAGCAAUUUGCGUGAAAUUAUGAACCGCACCGGUACACAGAUAAUGUUCCCGGAUGCAAACGAUGUGAACAUCAAGCCAAUCAAGCGCUCCCAGGUGACCAUAACUGGCUCCAUAAACGGUGUCUACCUAGCGAGGCAGCAAUUAAUUGGAAGCCUCCCGAUAGCGCUCAUCUUCGACUACCCGGAAAACACGGUCGAUUCGGACGAAAUUACCAAGCUAAUGCUAACGCACGACGUGUUCAUCUCGGUGCGGCAAAAGUCCCGCCAGAGCACGCUCUGCAUCGUGAUCAAGGGCAUCGAGAAGUUUAUCGCCAACAUCUACGAGGCCCGACAUCAGCUGCUGAAGGGUGGUGGGGCGCGCGUUGUCGCCGAAAUACCGCGCACCUACUUCGGGCCGAACGAGCACCCGCAGCAAACGAGCCAGAACAUAUCGGCACUGUUGGCGGGCCCGGUAGCGCCACCGUUCUCGCCGCUCUCACCCAUCAAUCCGCUACCGUUCGUCGGAUGGCCAACGCCAACGUCGGCGGCUGCGGCGGCGGCUGCGGUGGCGGCGGCUGCAGCGGCCGCCUCCCUGCCGUCGAGCGAUUUUGCCUUCAGCCACAUGCGGGGUCAGUUCCAGAACUUCCACGUGCAUGGACCGGGCAAGUUGCCGACGGGCCAACAUCAUCAGCUGCUGCCGCUUUCGCUCCCGCCCGGGCUAGAGCGGGCAGUACCGGGCGGUAGUUCGGCAGGGAAGAUGAACCAUCUUUCCAGCCCCCAUUUGCUGUCCGUACCGGGCCACGGGGUCGGUGGUGGAGGCAGCGCAUCUUAUCUACAAAAUCAGCAACACCAACAUCAUGCCCAGCAGCAGCAGCAGCAGCAUCAUCACACGACGCAUUCGCACCAUCAACGCAAUCAGCAGCAUUCGAACGGGAACUGCUCGACUUCCACCAGCCUGACGGUGAGCCAGAACAGUAGCCACAACGAUAUCCAUUCGAGCGGCUACCAAAGCUUGAACUGUUCCAGCAACUCGCUCGACCAACAGUUCCAGAGCAACUCGUCCGCGUCCGGCUCGGUGUCGCAGGUGUCCUCCAACUCGCUGCUGAACAGCUCGCCCGAUCAUCAAAGUCCGGGCGCGACCGGGACGAGCGGAUUGAACCGGUGCCGGCUUUCCGUCUGCACGCCGGAAAGCCCACACUACCAGUCGGAGCUGGAGCAACGAACGCCACUCGCGUUCGAGCAGAAGAGCUCCCUGGCUGACACGUUCCUGUUCAAUCUGGAUCCACGCGUGGUGGCGGGUUACAAGGCGAUGCACAUGUCGCCCCAGCAGGGUGAAAUACGCACUCCGACACUGUCCUGGCAGGGGCUCGGGCUAAGCCAGUCGUCGCCCGCCCCGCUCGAGGCGUGCGAUCUCAGCUGGGCCAACACGAGCAGCUCGAGCAGCACCGGCGGUGGCCGGGACGGUGGUGGCGGCAGCGGCUGCGCCAACACCAGUACGAGCAGCUCAAGCAGCGGGGCUGCUGAUUCGCGCCACAACAUGACGACCACCAUGAUUGAGGUGACACCGCGGCAUCAGCGCGAGCAGAUGUCGCAGUACAACGACGUCACCACCAUCCUGACCGGGCUGGGGCUCGAGCACUACAUCAAGAACUUCAUCAACGGCGAGAUCGACAUGACCGUCUUCCAGACGCUCACCGAUCAGGAUCUGCUCAAUCUGGACAUUAAGCCGCUGGGGGCGCGCCGCCGCAUCCUGAUGGCGAUACACGAUCUGAGCGUCCGGCAGGGCGGUGGGCUGUUCGGGUCGUCCGCCCUGUCACCGUCGGCCCUACCGUCGUCACUGUCGCGCUUUUCCGGCUCGGCCGCACCCGGCGCAGAGCGCCGGAGCUCCAGUGGGCAGUAGGUUAAGGAGAGGUAGCCUACUCGACGGGUGGUGUGAUGUGGUGUGU